AUGUAUAACUAUGGGACUACGGGCAAUCAAAACAUGCAGCAACUUAGAGGUUUAGGUGGUGAAAGUGCUUCAACUCUCUCUAAUCCGUACGUUUUUCAAAAUCACCAGUCGUUACCCGUAACAUCCUCGACUCAAAUACCAUCCAUGUCAGCCAUUAACAACUCUGUUUACGGUAAUCAAGCUGCUCAACGUCAUAGAGUGCAAAUACAACAACGUAUAGCUCAACAAACUCAACAACAAAUGAUGCUUCAAAUGAGAAGACCCGUUCAAAAUACUGCGCCUUCCCAGAGUGCACAUCGUUCCCCCCAUAGUCAAAAACAACCUAAUGACUCUAAUCCUAAAAAACCUCAACAACAAGCUGUUAAACCUUAUGAACCUGCACCUGAUCUUACUAUCGUUCAAAAAGAGUAUUUGGAACAAUAUGUUCGUCGUGAUAAUUUAUAUCAAAAAGCGUUAGAUCUCCAACAUAGAAGGCAAAUGUCUAUCAUAAACGAAAAACGUAAAGAAAUAGCUCAAGUUGAACAAAGGUAUCAAUAUCGAUCUAGUCCAUUCGUGUUUGGUCCAGGAUAUCAAGGUUACGGAAAUGGUGUGACAGGAACAAAGUUUCGCAUUAUUUAUCCAAACGAAAGAAAAAGGCCUAAAAGAACAAAGGAAUUUAAAUUUACAUUACAACAAUUAAAAGAUAUCGCACAAAGAGAAGAUAUAUUAGUUCCGAUAAGAUUAGAAAUUGAUGGCGCUGAUGGUUACAAACUACGAGAUACUUUUACAUGGAAUAUGAAUGAAACGUUUAUUACGCCUGAACAUUUUGCGGAGGUUCUUUGUGAUGAUUUACAUUUCCCUACUUCACAAUUUGCUCCAAUAAUUGUCAAACAAAUACGCGAUCAAUUACAAGGAUAUAUCAUCCAUCCUCUGUCAUCACCGGAGUCUUCUCAACCUACUUUAACUGCUGAGGUAUUUUCGGCUUUAAAAAAUUCUACCGAAAACACGAAAGAGAUCAAAGAUGAGAAUGAUUCCAAUUAUUUAAAUUCUAAUACCGAUGAAUCUAAUUCUACUGAAGAACUUCGAAUUUUAAUCAAGGCAAAUUUUAUAUUAUUAUCGUUAACCUCUCUGAACAAAUCAUUUAAUAUUGACGUAACCGUUGGUAAUAUAUCAUUAGUGGAUCAAUUUGAAUGGGACAUUAAUUGUCAAAAAAAUGAUCCUGAACUUUUUGCGGAAAUUUUGACGACAGAAUUGGGUCUUGGAGGUGAAUUUAAAACCGCAAUAGCUCAUUCUAUUCGAGAACAAAUUCAAAUAUACGUAAAAUCAUUAAUACUCGUGGGCCAUCCUUUUGAUGGAUCACCUAUACAAGACGAUGAUCUUCGGCAAAACUUUUUACCUCCUGUUACAAACAUAAUUCGUAGAGAAGAUGCAGUUGAGCAACACACUCCAUUAUUGGUAGAGCUAACUGAAGCUGAAAUUGACAAGAUUGAAAAAGAUAGAGAAAGAGAUGCUAGGCGCAAGAGACGUCAAACUCGUGGUAGACGAGGCGUUAUUUUACCGGAUCGUGAACCUCCAAAAACGCAUCGCACUCUUCUCCAUAACACUACAGUGGUUCAAGAUCCCACUGAUGAAAAUGUUUUUUUAACAGUUCCUUCUUCAGGCAUGCCACCUGUUUUACGUAAAGCUAGUUCCAUGGGUUAUGACAAUUACGCUGCAAUAUCUGAAAAGUCUCUAGCACCUGGUAAAAUGCGAGGACGAGGACGUACUGCUGUUGGUGGUACUAAUAUUGGAAGUAAUUUGCGAGGAAUCGUUCAGGUAAACUCUCCGGAUGUCACUGAUGCUAAUACUCCAGAGGGUGCUAAAAAACUUCAUCGACGAUUGACGAACAAGGAUUUAGAUGAAUGGCAUUGUAGUGGCUGUGGAUGUCCUUCAACAUCAACACCUCUUCUACGAAAAGGGCCUAAUGGAGAGAAGAACAAUUCACUGCGGCCGAACCCAUUGAAUUUAAAUGAUCUCGGAACUAAUUCACCGUUUAUGGAGAAUAACCCUUCGUCCAUCGAUCCCUUUUCAAAAAAAGGCCCACAACAUAUUGAGAGUUACCAUCAAAACUUACCUUCGAUGUCAAUAGGACAAAUCUCAUCAACUUCCAAUACGUCGUUAGAAGUUAAGCAACAGUCCAAUACUUUGAUUAAGAGAGAAAUAAAAGCUCAAGAUAAUCAAAACUUAAUUGAUUCUCAAGGAAUAACUUUGAAUACUGUUGUAUCCGAAGGGUUGGUGUCUGCGCCCUUAAAUCAACCUGUUGCGUCAGUAAUGACCGCAACUUCGAUAUCUCCAACAUCUACCUCUCAUGCAAAUACAUCUACUUCUGCGAAUGAUUUACCAAUACCUACAGCAUCAUCAACAAUAACCGUUUCCAAUACGUUAUCAUCUAAUAGACCGGUUUUCCCAGAAUGGAUUAUUCAGCAACGAGACCAAUUAAAACGAAAAUAUCCACGUGAUUGUUUUGACAUUAUUCAACGUCCUAAUCAUCAUCCAACUGAAUUCCGUAUUAAAUGUUUUGACUGUCCUGGAAAACUCUAUCAACCUGGUCCCGAUCUUACAUUGGGGAAUUUUGAGAUACAUCUUAAGAACAAGAGUCACCGUAUAGCAGUUGAAAAACGUUGGAAUCCUCAAUUGGCCGCAAGUCUGUUAAAUAAUGAAUCUAUCGGUAAUAGUAGUAAUGUUAACACGAUUCCUGGUUACGGGCAUGCUGAUGGUGCUUCCGCUACUAUAUCGGUCGGUGAUAUUGGCGAUCAUGGUACGAACACAACUCUCGAUAGUGGUACUGGUGGUACAAAAGAAAUUGGAGGUACGGACACAUCUAGUGAUAUAAAUGAUGUUCGUGUAUAUGAUUUAAGUAAUAAAUAA